UCGAUCACGAUAUAUAAGCAAGCUGCGUUCGUCUCAUCUCAUAAACGGCGACUAAACUUCGACGACGACGCAUCGUGGGCAACAAGUGUAUAACACCUCGUUAUUUCGCAAUCGCCUUCUCGGCAGAAAUUUGACGUUUAGUGAUUCCGACGUAAACGCAGUGACAAGACGAGAAACGACGACUACGAUGGCCACGUUCAGCUACAAAGCCUAUCUGAUGGAGGAAGGGAAACGUUUUCCUCCAUUAGAAACGCGCAGAUUCGGCAUCGACGCUGACGUCGCGAUGAAUUUUGUAUAUCUGCGCGAAAAAUUGCAAAGCAUUUUCCAAAACCUGCGAGGAAAAAAUUUCACCGUUACAUGGAAAGAUGAGGAGGACGAAUACAUAACAAUAUCAACUAAUGAAGAAUUAGAGAUCGCACUGCACGAAAUGGCUAAAAGCAAUUAUUCUAAAAAUUACUUUAAACUAUACAUUAAAAUCCAUCGCAAUGAAGAGCAGCCAGACUUGAUAAAUAUAGAAAAAACAAUACAUCCUGGUGUAAUAUGCGAUGUAUGUGAGAAACCCAUACAUGGUUUCCGCUUCAAGUGCAUGCAAUGUGCAGAUUAUGACUUAUGCAGUGAAUGCAUGAUGAUUGGCAAUCAUCACGAUCACUAUUUGGUUCGUAUGACGGAACCCAUCGAUUGGUCGAGUCGUGAGGGUCGCCGACUUUUUCAUCACAUGCGGAAAUUCGUAAAAAAGACACAACACAAUAAGGAUGACGAGCGCAAGUGGGCGCACAGGAACGGCAAGCGAAGUGGCUGUCCAUUCAGCGCGACAAGCGGUAAAGUUGGCCAUUUUGAUCCAUGUGUUGUAAAUUCAUUGGCGGAUUUUGUAAUAGACAUGUGUGCUGCUCCAUCAGACGAGAAUCAUGAGCAGAAGCGAUCCAAGGAGCAGCACAGGGACCCGUCCGCUGAGGCUGCUACCGAGGCAACAGAAGACUCACAAGAGGCGACUAGGCACAGUUUCUCGCAAUUGUUAAAAAUAGUUGAGGACAAUCUUUCCAAUAUCUCGCAAUUUUUGGAUCCGCUCGGCAUCAAUGUCACUGUAAUGACUGAUAAAGAUUCCGCCAAGAAUAAGCCCGCCGAGGCAAAAGUUAAUACACAAACACCUGAGAAUAGUCAGUCUACAUCGGAGGAUUCCGCUAAAAAGUUCCCAGGUGAAGGAAAGAAAUUGAACAGUGAAACCCCAAAUACCACAAGUGAGCAAGCUACUCUUUCGAACGAUGCGACACCAACACAGAAGGAACCAACAGCAGCUUGUGCUACGGAACAAGCGGCAGAAGCCGAAGAAUGGACAAUAGUACAGAAUGAGAAUGCUAAUAUCAGUCGUACAGCUUCUACUUCUUCCACAUCUUCCUCUUCGACUGAGACUACACCAAAACAGAUUACGCCAUCCGCACCAGCAGCAACUGUGGAAGAACCCGAGAAAACGGAAACAAAACAGCACAUCUAUCCAUCCUUACCUAAAGAAGUAAAAAAUGAAUUCUAUCAUCCAAAUCUCAAGAUUCAACAAGCUGUAACAGCAAUGAUGGCAAUGGGAUUCACUAAUGAAGGUGGAUGGCUUACUCAUCUGCUUGUUUCAAAAGAUGGUGACAUUGGCAAGGCGUUAGAUGUAUUACAUCCAGAACGCAAUAAUUAAAAAAGACAAGGCUAAAAUUUUAGUUAAUGAUAGUACAUACACUAACAACUGGCAGAAGUAAUUAACAUAAUCAAUAGUUGAUGAUAAUUUGUUACUAAUCUAUUAUUCAUUAAUACUGCACUUUAUGUUAAAUUUAU